AUGGAUAGGGCUGUCAGAGGCCUCACCGGAGACUAUCAGAAGGGCACAUGCAGUACAUCCAAUAACAGCAGUUCAGCUCGAGUGGUAAGGCAUUUCUUAUGCAUUGGCAAAGCAAACCAGUUAGGAGGAAUAAUGAUCAACAAAUUGUCACCCAAUUGCUCUUUUUCCAGGGAACUUGGAAUUGGGAUUGUUGCUUUUGGUCCCCUAGGAAGCGGAUUCUUGGCAUCUGGACCAAAAUUGGUUGAGAAUCUGAACACAACUCCUGAUUUUGAUGUCCGAAAGGCAAACCCAAGAUUUCAGCCAGAAAAUGUUCAGCACAAUCUGAAAAUGUAUGAGCAGGUUGAGGAAAUGGCUUCAAGAAAGGGUUGUACUCCAUCUCAGUUAGCAUUGGCAUGGGUUCAUCACCAAGGAGAUGAUGUCUGUCCAAUUCCAGGAACCACCAAGAUACAGAACCUCGAGAGUAACAUCAAGGCUUUAUCUGUCAAGUUAACCUCAGAGGAAGUGGCUGAACUCGAGUCCAUCGCUAAUGCAAUCAAGGGUGAAAGAUUAGCACCUCAGUACUUGGCUCUUACUUGGAGGUUUGCCAAUACUCCACCAUUGUCCUCGUGGAAAGCUACAUGA